CGAAAAGCCGAUCAGAUCUUAAGGGCGCCGGGGCUGUCAUUGGUGGGAAGUCAGCUAGCGACUGGUCGGCGGGGGUUGGGGGCGUGGCCGAUAUAUUACCCGCCGUGUUCGGGGGACGCUCGGAAAGCCUAUUCCUCACCACCAUCCCACCCGUUUUCUCGCAGUGCUGUUCGACGAAGUUUGGCUGCCGGGCUUUCUUAUGACCAAAUUGCGGAACGACUGAGGAGGAGACGAGACGAGACGGAAGGACAGACCCUGACGGAGAGGAUGCGGCAUUGUAGGAGAACAGGAAGCCGUUUCCGCGCUGGGGCCGGAAGCGUGGCGCUCGGAACCGCUGCUCUAAGAAGUUUAUGUAAUCAAAUUUUACAGCUUUUCUCUGGAAUAUAAAUGGCUUAAAGUGCAAUCCUGUGGAUAUCUAUUCCAAAAUAAGCUCUUCUGAGUUCAGUUGGAUUUAUUCCCAGGCCUUUGUUAAUAGAAAAUGUCAGUGAAUAACUUCUUUGGAAAUAAGAAGAGAAACAGCUCCAUAUUAUAUGAUGUUGAUCAGACAAAAAUUACUUCACCUCUCCAGAGAUCUAUAAGCCAUAAUAAUAUUGGAAAUCAUGGUGAAGGCUUACCACCAAACAAGCGUUACAAAAGUGUUGUUUCAUCCAAAUGUAAAGAAACGGAAGAUCCAUUUGGGGAUAAUGAUGAUUUUACAGUAGAUGACUUGAAGGAGAUAGACAUUAUUUCUUCCCAGGCAUUGACACUAGAUGUUUCUUCAGAAACAAAUUUGUUGAAAACGGAGCAAAAUGCUCAGUUGCCUGUUUUUCCGAAUAGCAUCAAUCAAUUCAAAACACCUGAUCAAUGGAAUAUUACUCUAACAACUGAAACAAAACCAUCUGAAAACAGCAUACCGGUAGAAGAAAUGAAACUUAAAGAAAUAUUUAAACUUGAAACACUCCAAGCACAAUACAAGGAGGCCAUGAAAAAGGUGAGAUUAACAAUGCACCAAGCUAAAAUUAAGCAAAGUAUAUUAUUGUUAAAUACCCUCUGUAUCUUGCUUCAGUGUGUGUCUUCAGCCUUGGAUUUAUCUAUUGUAGGUUCCCUUUUACUAAAUGCACUAAUGAAGCAGCCCCUUGUUCCAGGAUCAUCGUUAGGAAUCUGCAACCUUCUUAGCAGCAACACUGAAGUUUGGUCUGGAUCUGCUAUGCAGUCUGCUUCUUUCAGUGUAGGACCUACACCAACAUUCAGUAACAAGACUUCAAGCCCUCAGGAAGGUGAGAUUUCAUUGAGAACUACUCAAAAACUUGCCUUAACUGGAUUGAAUUUGAUUGCUGCAGCUGGAAGCUCUCUGGAAGGACAACAAAACAGAAGAGACGUGCCCCAUCUUAAGUGCUUUAAAAUUCCUGGAGCAGUUCAUCUUCUCCCCCUCCUGGAACUUCACAUUGGUGCCUAUAUCCAAGUCCUCUUGUCAAUGACGAAGAUUGGGAGCAUUUCUUCUGGAAAUCAGUCUACUUGUUCCUCUAGGACAUCUUCAGGUGCAGCUUCAAGCGCAGAGGAAGCUUUAUCCACUCUUGAAGAAUAUGCACUCGUGUCACUGGGCAUUCUUUACUAUUUGGUGUUUUAUAGCUGGGAAGUUAUUAAUACCCUUCUGUCCCAUGAUACAAAAGCAGAUGGUAAUCCAGGAGCUACAGACAUUUCUGAGAAGAAUGAGAGUGUGGCUUGCAGUAAACAGGAUACAGAUAAUCUUCAGGAAACCCUCCCAGAAUUAGAGGUUGCCAGUUUGGACAAAUCUCAGCAUCCUUUGUUUAAAAAGCUACUACAAAUCUUAACCUUAUGUGUAACAUCAGCAGGAUGCCAGAGGUGCCAUAUCGCAAAUCAGUGCCUAAAGGUUUUGGUGAAAUUAGCUGAAAAGUCAACAGUUGACUUAUUAAUAAGCUUUCAGUGCUUGUUCAAUAGCCAGUCACAGAUCCUGCUUCGCUGCAUAUCUUCAGAAACUCCCUUGUUUGCUGUCCUUCUUACUGUUAGGAUGUUAAGUUUGCUUGCUGAGCAUCAGGAGCUGGCUGCUCGGUUCUGUUCACGUUCAGAAACUUGCCUACUUUUGGCAUUAUACAUGUACAUCACAUCACGCCCUGAUAAAUUAGCAUCUGAAGAGCUUUGGCUGCAGUUGGAACAAGAGACGGUCUGUUUUCUGACCAAGUGUAUGCAGUGUUGUAGAUCUUCUGUUUUACUUGUGGGAAUAGAUUGCCAGUGCACUUCUGAGGCAGUGAAAGCUCUGAUAGUAAUGUUACAUAGGCAAUGGCUUUUGAUCAGAAAAAUGGAAGGAAUCGUGUUCAAUGGACAUGAAAAGCAAAUUGUACAGUUUUUGAGGGAUGCUGUUUUGCUUCUGCAUGGUCUCUCCCAGAAAGAUAAAUUUUUCCACGAACAUUGCCUAGAAGUGCUCCACCAAUAUGAUGGUGUCUUGUCUGGGGUGACAGCAGUCCUGAGAAAAGGGCAGCAUUUAAAAGCUUGUGAAGAACUUGCACUGGAUGAACUGUAUCCUUUAGAGCCCGAAGUCAGUGACCAGGAAAUGGAUUGUAGAUAAUCGUCUUUCAAUAAUGUAUUUGUUUACUUUCCAGAAAAGGUUACUAUUGAAAUUGGAUUCAAUGUGCUUUUUAAAAUUUACAAUGUAAUGCAUAAAAUAUUUCAAAUAUUAAUUACCAGAAACCAUCACAAUCCAAGCAAUAUAUUACUUUUGUAUUGAAUAAAUUCCCAUAAUGAAACAUACAUUCCCAAAGAAUAUAUUAAAAAUGACAUCUAUAAUAUUAUUCUCAUUAAAUCUCCAAGUAGAACUUGAUGAAUCUCAUUUCUUUAGAAGAUAAUGCUUUAUGAAUUAGUAGAGAUUGUGUCUUUUUUAAUCAACAAGGACAUUUUAACCUGUAUUUCACUGGUCCAGUUAAAGAAAAAUGCUCAUGUUUUUGAAAAUACAGUUUCAUAUCUGAAAUUCUAUACUGUAUACCAAUGGGUAAAACUGAAGUAACUUGUGUUUAUUUCUGAAUAAAUCUCUGUAAAUACUAUAAAUGAAAGGCUAGAAGACCCAGAUAAUAAGUAUUUGUAAUCUAUUGUUUACUACGAAAGGAAUGGUAAAAGAAAUAAAUUCUGAUUUUUUUUCCUGUGA